AGUCCUUUUUUAUUACUUUUGUCUAUGUUUUGCAAGAUGAUUUGUGAGUGAAAGGCCAUUAGAGAGCUUAAAUAAGCGCAGUAGGUGACUGCACAGCGAGGGUUUCGGACUGCGUCGUUGAAGUAUCCAGACACCGCUGCUUGUUCGUCGCCGGAAAUACCGAUCAUCGGAAAAUGCCUUGCCUGAACCUGUCGACGAAUGUCAACCUGGAAGGCGUUGACAUCUCCUCCAUUCUCAAAGAAGCCACUUCGGUCGUCGCGAAGCACACUGGCAAACCUGAAAGCUAUGUGAUGAUUGUGUUGAAAGGAUCUGUGCCUCUGUCUUUUGGAGGGACAGAGGAUCCAGCAGCUUAUGGUGAGUUGGUAUCGAUUGGGGGAUUGAAUGCUCAAGUUAACAAGGAUCUAAGUGCUGCUAUUGCUAACAUUCUUGAAACAAAGCUGAGAAUUCCCAAGAGUCGCUAUUUCCUGAAAUUCUAUGAUUCCAAGGGAUGUAACUUUGGAUGGAACGGAUCCGUCUUCUAGUUGUUCACCACUUCCAUGUGUGGAGUAGCUGUGCCCAAACCUUUGAUGAAUUAUGAUGGAUAUUACCCAUCUUGUGCCUCUGGCUUCUUGUGGGUAGACUUGAAACUUCUUUUGAAUAAGACUUGACAUUGUCUAUGUAGUUGCUGACUUGCUGUGUGGAUUUAUGAUCUGUGUUUCAUAAUCAAAGGUUCAAGCAUAACCCU